ACAUUCCUAUUGAAUUCAUUUGAUUGUAAGCUUUUGCGUUGAGCGGUUGUACAUCUUAAACAAUUCACAGAAUGUCCACAAAGUCCGCGUCGCUCCUCUUGUUUAUGUUAAUUGUUUUGCAUCUGCAGACAUCUUUUGCAAGCGAUUCGAUCGCCACAUUGUCGAUUCAGAGCUCUGAAAGUCAGUGCGGUGGAUAUUGCUUUUUUGUCCUGAAGCCUCUUCUGGACCACGUUGCAGCCAAUCAGGAGCGGUGGAAUGCCUGCGACGCCAAACUGGACAGGACGGAGAGCCAGCUGGUAGUCCUAACAGGAAAAAUUGUCCAAAAUAGAAGCGGAAAAGGCUGCUGAGGGAAAACUGGUGGAGAAGCCGAAAGUAAAGCAACUAGAUUCCUUCGUGCAGAUCGGCUCCAGGUUCUUCUACAUCGAGCAGAAUCACAUAGUCAGCUGGUUUUCCGCUACGUGUAUAUGC